CGGUAAGAUGCAGUCAGGCUUUCUGCAGUAUAUCCACACACACUGGUUAACCGGUUUCUUUGUCCACGUGGUGGAACAUGCCUCCUGCUCCAGCAGAUGUUUUGGGCUCCAAGCCCCUGGAUGGCGGUUGGGGCUGGAUGGUGGUGAUUGGGGCCCAUAUUUCCAUUGGGUUUGCCUACUCCACACCCAAAGCCCUUUCCAUUUUCUUUAAAGACAUUCAAGAAGACUUGCAGGCUGGCUACAGUGAAAUAGCAUGGAUUUCCUCUAUUAUGCUAGCUGCCAUGUAUGCAGGAGGACCGGUGAGCAGCAUGUUGGUCAAUCGUUUUGGGAGCCGACCAAUUGUCAUCAUGGGUGGACUGAUGUGUGGAGUGUCUAUGGUAACCGCAUCUUUUGGGAGCUCCAUCGCUUAUCUCUACUUCUGCAUUGGCGUCAUUGGAGGUUGUGGACUCGCCUUUAACCUGAAUGCAUCUCUCACCAUCAUCAGUAAAUAUUUUCUGGCCAGGCGUCCUUUAGCCAAUGGACUUGCUAUGGCUGGCAGUCCAGUGUUCCUGUGUUUCCUGGCUCCUCUUAACCAAUAUCUACUGGGCACAUAUGGCUGGAGAGGAAGCCUCCUUAUCCUAGGGGGUCUGAUGCUCAACUGUUGUGUUGCUGGAGCCCUCAUGCGACCUGUUUGUAAGCCACUCUCUUGUGCACCGCAGCAAAACGUGGAUCGGCCAAAUAAGUGCAAGACUAAGAUAAAAGGAAGCUGUGUGAAGAACACAAAGAAGUUUGUGGAUCUGUCCUUUUUCAGGGACAGGGGCUUUGUCAUUUACCUAAUAGGAAAUGUCAUGUUCAUCUUUGGAGCGUAUGCACCCAUUGUGUUCCUGUCUACCUAUGCUGUUAGCCAAGGUGUUGAGAGGUACUCUGCAGCCUACCUGCUCUCCAUUAUGGGCUUUGUUGACAUGUUUGUUCGACCUGGCACCGGCCUGGUAGCCAACAGCAAGUGGAUCAGGCCUAGAAUUCAGUACUUCUUCAGCUUUGCCAUGGUUUUUAAUGGAACGUGCCAUUUGCUGUGCCCUCUGAUGAAGAGCUAUACCCUCCUGGUGGUCUACGCAGUAUUUUUUGGUGUGGGGUUUGGGAUGGUUUUCGCCCUGAUAUUUGAAUGCCUUAUGGAUCUGAUGGGAAAUCAGCGCUUCCCCAGCGCCGUUGGACUUGUCACAAUCAUGGAGUGCUUCCCCAUGCUGCUGGGACCACCUGCUGCAGGGUUACUGGUAGACAUCUUUGGCGACUACAAGUACCUUUUCCUCAUGUGUGGCUCAGUCAUCACGACUGGCGGGCUUUUUCUCUUCGUCAUGAACAUCUACAACUACCACAUGCUGGAGAAAGAAAAGAGAGCUAAAGACCGAGAGCGUAACCAAACUAACAUAGAGAACCAGGAGCAGAUGAGGAUCUCAGCGGCAGAGAUGGAGCAGCCUGAAGCUGAGGAGACGGAGAUGAGCACAGCCCAGCAGGACCCAGAGAGCGCCGAAACAAAAUGAAAUGUGAUUGCUUUAUUUAGCGUGAAUGCAGCGGGAUGAUAGUUGUAGCUGUACAGGUUGAUCUUAGCACAGAUUGCUUUCUGCUUGCCCACACUCAUUUUUAACAGACUGAUUUAUUCGUUCAGUCAGUCGGCAAUUACUUUGACAUUUGAUGAACUGUAAAGUCUUUCAACCAGCAGACAACACAGAGACUACAGCCAUGCUAACAGGUUGUAUAGCAAUUUGAGCUAAUUGCUAAUAUCGGCGCGCAAAGCUGCUUAACGUAGUUAAACGUGGAGAUUUCUCACUGGUAUAAAUUUGACUAUAUUCACCAUGUUAGCUUAGUGUGUUUACUUUUAUUUUUUUUUCUUAUUACUUUUGCUUAUUAGCACAAAGUAGAGCUAAAGUUGAUGGAAGUUUUGCUGUACAAGCCAUACAUGAACAACUUUGACCUGGUUAUGGCUCUUGAUGAAGAAUUGAAGAUGGUUAACCAAUUUUUUGAAAGUUUAAAAAAGGUUAGCUACCUUUCCUGUGCAUGUGAGUUUGUGCAGCCUGUAAGUAAAUAUCAGUAUUGGGUCAAGUUUUUUUAAGAUGAGAAAUGCAUCCUGUUGGAAUACCUUUUGUGUUACCAAAA